AUGACCACACAAGGUUCCGGCCAGGGCGCGUUAAACCAGCAGCAGCAGAUCUUUGUCAACGGCCAGUACAGGCCGAGCUCCGAUGAUACCCAGUUUCCAGUUACGAAUCCUAUGACAGGCGAAACCAUUUACACUUGCUCCUCCGCUACAGUCCAGGACGUAUCCGAAGCGGUGGAGACAGCUCAUACCGCCUUCAAGACGUGGUCGAGAACUUCUCCCUCGAAGAAACGCGCCAUAUUCCUCAAGGCGGCUGAUAUCCUAGAGACUUAUAUACACGGCGACGCGCCAGACAUCCUCAGGCAGGAGAUCUCAGCGACGGAGAGCUGGAUCAAGGUCAACAUUUUUGCGACUGCCGGCGUUCUGCGUGAGACUGCCGGACUUGUGACCCACAUCAAGGGGAAAUUGUUCCAGCAGAUAGGCCCGGGACCACAGUCCUCGGCCAUUGCAUGCCCUCUCAUAUGUGGCAACACCGUGGUGCUAAAACCCUCAGAAAAGAGUCCCAAGUCACAAAACCUCGUCAUCAAGGCCCUUACAGAAGCUGGGCUUCCUACUGGAUGUAUCAGUUUCCUUCCUUGCAGUCCGGCGCGGGCUGCCGAAAUCACCGAGUUUGCUGUAAAGCACCCAAAGAUUCGGCAUGUCAACUUCACAGGCAGUGAGCGAGUUGGAACCAUCAUCGCUGGCUGGGCGGCGUCCUGUCUUAAGAAAUGUGUGCUUGAGCUCGGUGGAAAGGCACCCGCUAUCGUGAGGGAAGAUGCUAACCUUGACGAUGCUGUGGAGGCAAUUGUAUUUGGUGGACUUUCCAACAAUGGACAGGUGUGCAUGUCAACAGAGAGAGUCAUCGUCCACAAGUCUAUCGCGGACGAGUUCAAGCAAAAACUGCUUGCUCGCGUUGGAUCCCUCAAAUGCGGCAAUCAUAUGCUAGAAAAAGAUAUCUCCAUCUCCGGGUUAUUCACGCCCACAUCAGCAACUAGAGUUCUUAGCUUGACCAAGUCGGCGGUUGACGCUGGAGCAACUCUCCUCCUCGGCGACUUACAAAUCGGCGGUCCAAAUAAGACGAUUAUUCGCCCUCAUAUCUUAGAGGGUGUAACAAGAGAUAUGAGGCUAUAUCAUGAGGAGUCCUUUGGCCCUGUUAUGGUGUUGAUUGAAUUCACAGACGACGAGGAAGCUCUUAAUCUAGCUAAUGACAAGAUUGAUGAAAAGGCGUCAGGGAAGUCCGUCCAAGUUCGAAUCAUUGUAUUCACUCCAUCUAUUUAG